GACGUCAGGGCUGCGCCGGAAGGCGGCGAGUGAGUCGGGGCUUCUCCCGCGUGGGGCGGCGGCGGCAUGGAGCGCGUCCGCGGCCCCCGGAGCGCGCGCCGGGAGCUGGGCCGCCUGCUGGAGGCGGUGCUGGCGAACCGCGCGGAGGCCAACGCCGUGUUCGACAUCCUGGCGGUGCUGCAGUCGGAGGACCCGGAGGAGAUCCAGGAUGCGGUGCGCGCCUGCAGCCGCCUGUUCGGGGCCUUGCUGGAGCGGGGGGAGCUGUUCGUGGGCCAGCUGCCCCCGGAGGAGACCGUCAUGGCAGGGUCCCAGGGGGCCACGCGGAAGUACAAGGUGUGGAUGCGGCACCGUUACCAGAGCUGCUGCAACCGCCUGGCCGAGCUCCUGGCCCAUCCCUCCUUCCAGGUCAAGGAGCUGGCCCUCAGUACCCUCAUGAAGCUCGUGCAGCUGGAAGGGGCGCACCCCCUGGAGAAACCCAAGUGGGAGGGCAGCUACCUGUUUCCCCGCCAGCUCUUCAAGGCAGUGGUGGACGGCCUGCUGUCCCUGGAGGAGGACUGCUCGCUGCUCCUCUCCCAGUUCUGCCAGUACCUGGAGCAGGACGACGUGCGCUACCACGCGAUGCAGGCGGCCGCAGACACCGUGGCCAGGGUCGCCAACGCACACCCCGAGGUGCCCCUCACCUUCUGGAACAACGUGUUCACGCUGCUGUCCGCCGUGAGCCUGCCCCGCCAGGAGAGCGACAUCGCUAACUUCUACGUGCGGCACACAGAGCUGUCGGACAAGUGGAAGGUCACUCAUCUGAAGGAGCACAGGAAAGCCUUCCAGCUGAUGUGGCUCAGCUUCCUCAAGCACAAGCUGCCCCUCAGCCUCUACAAGAAGGUGCUGGUGAUCAUGCAUGAGUCCAUCCUGCCCCACCUGGCCCAGCCCAGCCUCAUGAUCGACUUCCUCACCCGCGCCUACGACAUCGGGGGCGCCAUCAGCCUCCUGGCCUUGAAUGGACUUUUUAUCCUGAUUCAUGAGCACAACCUGGAGUACCCCGAUUUCUACCGCAAGCUCUACGGCCUCCUGGACCCGUCCGUCUUCCAUGUCAAGUACCGGGCGCGCUUCUUCCAUCUGGCCGACCUCUUCCUGUCGUCCUCCCACCUGCCCGCCUACCUGGUGGCUGCCUUUGCCAAGCGCCUGGCCCGCCUGGCCCUGACGGCGCCACCCGAGGCCCUGCUCAUGGUCCUGCCCUUCAUCUGCAACCUGCUGCGUCGACACCCAGCCUGCCGCGUCCUUGUGCACCGGCCGCGGGGCCCUGAGCUGGACGCCGACCCCUACAACCCCGACGAGGAGGACCCAGCCCAGAGCCGAGCCCUGGAGAGCUCCCUGUGGGAGCUGCAGGCGCUCCAGCGGCAUUACCACCCCGAGGUGUCCAAGGCGGCCAGCGUCAUCAACCAGGCGCUGUCUGUGCCCGAGGCCAGCAUCGCGCCCCUCCUGGAGCUCACUGCCUUCGAGAUCUUCGAGCGAGACCUGAAGAAGAAGGGGCCCGAGGCGGUGCCGCUGGAGUUCAUCCCUGCGCAGGGCCUGCUGGGCCGGUGUGACGACCUCUGCGCCCAGCACUUCACACUCAGCUGACCCUGGGCCCCCCUCCCCCCAAUAAGUGGUUUUGUAGGAGCGACUCAGGUGGGCUGUGGGCGGGCGAGCAGGGGCCUGGCUCCCCCUGAGCUGUGCCCACAGGGCUGCAGUCCAUAGAGCCCCGCCCAGCAGGGGACAGCAAGGGGGUCCUUCCUUCCCGUGUGCCAGGGGUGCGUCCCCAGAGCUGACGGGGGCCCUGACUCAGGCUCCUCCCAGGUGGCCCCACCAUGGAGCAGUCCCAGCACUUGGCGCUCCCCAUCCCCCGUCCCUCCAGUGCAGCAACAGUGUCUUCCGGCUGCUGCCAGUCUGGGCGGCCCCCUCCCAUGGCUCCCUGUCCCGAGGAGCCAGCCGUGUCAGACACCCUUUCCGGGCUUGACCCCAACGACACACACAUCUUCCUCCUCACCAGCCAGCCCAAGGGCGGGGCCCUGACCCUCAGACCCCCUUCCAUCAUGUCCAGGCGGGAGCUCAGUGCUUGAGGUCGACCUAGGAACCAGGAGGUCACGGACUGAUUCUCAAUCAGGGCACAGGCCCGGGUUAGGGGCUCGAUCCCCAGUGGGGGGCGUACAGGAGGCAGCUGAUCCAUGAUUCUCUCUCAUCACUGAUGCUUCUCUCUUCCUCUCCUU